AUGGCCUGGUGGUUGCUACUCGCCAUGCUGGCCGCGGGUCAAUGUGUGGAAUUGGAAGCAUCUCAAGAACCCGCCCAGAUGAUUGGCAUACGACAAAUAGAAGCUGCUGAUGAAGUGCACAGCUGUCCACCCUCAUCAAGCCCACUUCCUUCAACAAGCCCUAUUGAAGCUGAAACCUUGGGUGAUUCUUCCGGUACGGCUCAUCCUCCCCAAGACGCCGAUCAUCAGCUCUCAAAUCAACAGAUGAAGAAACGGAAGGUGCAAUGGCACGAUUGGACUGUCCGCACCAAUUCCAUGCCAAAUGCAUCCGGAAAUGGCUGAUAACACGCAAGACUUGCCCGCAGUGUCGCCGAAAAGUGUCCGGA